UAUCGUAAAAUGAAUAAACACGGACGUAUGAGUGCACCAAUGAUCAUUUUCAAUCCUUCGGUGGAUUAUGAACUAGUGCUUACACUCUUUCUGGAAGAAUUCAAUGGACGCUGGAAUAAUGUAGCUCCAUCGACAGAUACCGGACUUGAAGGUUUCGAAGAAGUUGCUACACUUGGUUCCGGUUCAUUUGGCCAAGUGGCACUAGCGAGGGAGAAGACCUCAGGCGAUUUAUAUGCAGCUAAAAUAAUGCUAAAAGAUAAAAUCGUCAAAAUGAAGCAGGUGGCGCAUGUUCACAAUGAAAAGCGUGUCUUGGCGUGCAUAAGAUUCCCCUCGCUUAUUUGUUUGGAAUUCUCACGAAAAGAUUUCGAUCACAUCUACCUGGGCUUGCCGUUCAUCAAUGGCGGUGAACUGUUCACAUAUCAUCGCAAGAUGCGCAGAUUCAAAGAGAAACAAGCGCGUUUCUAUGCUGCUCAGGUAUUUCUUGGUCUGGAAUAUUUGCAUUUUUUGCAUCUGAUCUACCGCGACUUGAAGCCCGAAAACAUAAUGCUCGAUGGAAGAGGUUAUAUAAAAAUAAUCGAUUUUGGAUUUGCAAAGAAAGUUCAGGCACGCACCAUGACCUUAUGUGGCACACCCGAGUAUCUUGCGCCCGAGGUCAUUCAGGCUAGACCCUAUUGCACAUGCGUGGAUUGGUGGGCAUUCGGCAUUUUCUUGUACGAAAUGGUUUUUGGAUCCUCGCCUUUCGCGCCCUUCAAUCGAGAUAUAAUGGUGAUGUACGGGAAAAUCUGUGAAGGCGACUACAAAAUGCCACAGAAGUUUAGUAGCGCACUCAAGGACUUGAUCGACAAUUUGUUGCAAGUUGAUUUUUCUAAAAGGUUUGGGAACUUAGUGAAUGGCAAUAAAGAUAUCAAGAGUCAUGAAUGGUUCAGAUCAGUCGAUUGGUAUGGGAUACUUAAUCAAGAGCUGCAAGCACCGUAUGUUCCACAAAUACACCAACCUGAUGAUUUAUCUAACUUUGAACGGUAUCCGAGGUCCAAGAAAACGCCUAAGUCGAAAUCGUGUCUAUAUUGUGAUGUUUUUUCGGAGUUUUAA